AUGAUCACGGCCAGCUACUCACGACUGGGAGACGCGCAGAACAUCGCACUGUUGACGCUAUCGCUGCUUCUGGUGCCGGCGUUCGCGUACUGGAUGCAUCGCCAGGAGCGCUUGGGGAAACCGGCCAUCAUUCCGAACAGCCUGUGGAAGAACACGGCCCUCACCACGACCUGCGUGGCAGUAUUCUUCACAUGGGCCGUCUUCAACGCGUUCCAGUACUUCUCAACCUUAUUCUUCCAACGCGUCCAAUCCCUCAGCGCGCUCCAAAUAUCCCUCUGCUUACUCCCCAUGGUCGUCGUCGCCGCCGUUACCGACAUCAUAACCGGCAUCCUCGUAUCCAAAGUGCACGUGCGGCUCCUCGUCUCAGUAACCUCGGCCACCAGUCUCAUCUCAUCCAUCCUCAUGGCGACUAUAAGCCCCAGCUCGCCGUACUGGACCAACGCCUUCGUCGCCAUGCUGCUGUCGGCCAUCAACCCGGACACGAUAUUCACGGUGUCGGGUCUGAUCAUGACGAGUGCGUAUCCGAGCAACAACGGCUUGGCGGGCGGGGUGUUCAAUGUGUUUGCGCAGCUGGGGAACUCGAUCGGGUUGGCUGUCGCGGCGGCGGUGGCGGCGAGUGUGAGUGCGCAUCAUGAAGGGGUAGGAGUGGGGGCGGCGGGUGAGGGAGGGGUGUUGUUUGAGGGGUAUAAGGCGGUUUUUUGGAUCUGCGCAGCGAGUAUGGUGGUAGUGACUGGGAUGACGUGA